AACCCUAACUAUCACCCCCAACAAAAAAGCCACCAUUUUUACAGCUUGAAAAUAAGAAUGAAUGAUAGCCCACUUUCAUAGUAUUUCGCCCGGACGAUGUUCAUCAUUUCUCGCAAUCUUGUUAUGAUGGGCAGAAAACUAAGAAACCCAACUCUCAUUAAUUAUAAUUACAGCUAUAAUAAUAAUAAUGUAAGCCUUUUAUUAUCUUCAUCUAAAACAUCUCUAUUUUCUCAUAAAGAUUUUAUCUUUACCAAUUCUUCAUCAUUGCAAUCAUCAUCUUACACUUUCUUGUUUUGUGUUACUGGUUUUUUAUGUUUAUUUCGGUGCCCGUAUUCAAGUAAGGCGUGGGACGAUACCGGGCAUGGUAUCGAUCAAGAAUCUGUUUGUGAUAUUGUGAAAAAUGAGAGAUGGGAUGAUUUUAGGAUCAAUAAAUUGUUGGGUUCUGAUUUAGCCCCAAUUUGGGUUUCAAAAAUGUUGGUUCAGUUAAAGGAUGAGCCUUUAUUAGCUUUGAAGUUGUUUAAAUGGGCCGAAAGCAGUAGACCGAAUUUUCGUCAUACCAGUGAAGGGUAUUGUAUUCUUGCUCACAUUUUGUUUUUUCAUAGGUUUUAUAGUGAUGCUUAUUGUGUUUUGAGAGAUUUGGUUAAAUUGAGUCGAUGUUUGCCCGGUCAUGAUGUGUUUGAUGUAAUGUGGGAGACUAGGAAUACUUGUCGGUAUGGUUGGGGAGUUUUUGAUACAUUGUUUAAUGUGUUAGUUGAGUUAGGGAGAUUUGAGGAUGCAAACGAGUGUUUUUUGAAAAUGAGAACGUUUAGAGUUCUUCCGAAAGCACGUUCUUGUAAUUUACUUUUAGGUAGAUUGACUAAAAUGGGCAACGGGGAGGGAUCGAGAAAGUUCUUUAAGGAAAUGAUGGGGGCUGGUAUUAAGCCUUCAGUAUUUACUUAUAAUAUUAUGAUUGAUUAUUUGUGUAAAGAGGGUGACAUGGAAGGUGCACAAAGGCUUUAUGCUGAUAUGAAAGUGUUGAACAUUACACCGGAUGUUGUUACUUAUAAUUCACUUAUUGACGGGCAUGGUAAGCUUGGGCAGUUAGAUGAAUCAAUUUGUAUAUAUAAUGAUAUGAUAAACAUCGGCUGCUUUCCAGAUGUGAUCACAUACAAUGCGUUGAUAAAUUGCUUUUGUAAGUUUGGGAAAAUGCCACAAGCUUUUGAGUUUCUUCAUUCUAUGAAGAAAAGCGGCCUAAAACCGAAUGUUGUAACUUACAGUACCUUUAUUGAUGCUUUCUGCAAAGAAGGAAUGAUGCAAGAAGCAAUCAAAUUUUUCAUGGAUAUGAGACGUGUUGGUCUUAUUCCUAAUGAAUUCACGUAUACCUCGUUAGUUGAUGCAAAUAGUAAAGCGGGUCGUAUGGAGGAGGCUGUAAAGUUGAUUAAGGAGAUGUCUGAGGCAGGUAUUACAAUUAAUACAGUUACAUGUACAGCGUUGCUUGAUGGGCUCUGUAAAGAAGGUAAAAUGAAAGAAGCGGAGGAAUUAUUUACAGAAAUGCUGAGGACAGGUGUGUCCCCUAAUUUAAUAAGCUAUACUACCCUUCUUCAUGGGUACAUUAAAUCCAAAAAUAUAAGUAAGGCUAUGGAUGUUUGGGAACAAAUGGAAACCGAAAACUUCAAGCCAGACUUGUUGCUAUACGGUACAAUUAUUUUAAGACUCUGCAAUGACAAAAAAUUUGAAGAUGCUAAGGUUCUUCUUGAGAAAAUGAAGAAAAGUGGUACUGAUGCUAACUUUGUGAUGUACACAACAGUUAUGGAUGCAUAUUUUAAAUCUGGACAACGAACAGAAGCUCUUAAUUUGCUUCAAGAGAUGAAUGACAUGGGCACAAGCCCAUCGGUUGUGACAUACUGUGUGUUAAUUGAUGGUUUGUGCAAACUUGGUUAUGUCCAAGAGGGUCUAGACCAUUUUUAUAAGAUGACGGAUCUUGGAUUGGAACCAAAUACGAUUGUUUAUACAGCUCUAAUUGAUGGCCUUUGUAAAUCUGAUAAACUAGAGUUGGCUGUGAAAUUGUUUGAUGGAAUGUUGGGAAAGGGUUUGAUUCCAGAUAUAACUGCUUACACGUGCUUGAUUGAUGGGAACUUAAAACAUGGGAAUGUUGAUGAAGCUCUCGAUUUGAGGAACAGAAUGGUAGAAAGCGGUAUACAGUUUGAUCUUUAUGCAUAUACUUCGUUGAUUUGUGGCCUUUGUAGAUGUGGCCGAGUGGUGGAAGCAAGAAUUUAUUUUGAUGAGAUGAUCACAAAUGGUGUUCAUCCGGAUAUUAUUAUCUAUGGGUGUCUUGUAAAGAAAUACUAUGAACUUGGUGAUACAAGAGAAGCCGAAGAAUUACAUAAUAAGAUGGUUGGAAGGCAAGUUAUGAAUGGUGUUAGUGACUAGGAUGAUCACGAAUAUGAUAUAAAAAAUUUGGGAAAUAUUUCGUUGCUUGCAGCUUGGCACGUGUGGGUGUCAUGAUAUCUGAAUUCAAAUCCAUAUGUUGGCUUAUGGAAAAUCUGCUAUUGACUUCAGUCAUAGGCAAUGAUAUUUGGAAUAAAAAUUCAAAUUUGGACAUAUGGAAACCUGAUUUAUACAGAUUGGAGUCGUAUAACUUUGGAUCAAGCCUUCUUCGGCCCUCAACUAAGGCACAUAGCUACUGAAUUUGUCUGGAAAGAGGUGCCCCGAAUCCCACUGAUUAACAGUGUAAAAAUUGAAGCUUCUAUUCAACCUAAUUGGCAUUCAUUAUUCUUUGGCAUAUAACCCAUUUUGGGAUCUGGUAUCUGUGAAGCUCAUGCUGGAGGGAAAUCAAAACAAUGGCAUAUGAUACCUUCCUGAGUGCAAUCAGGAAGGUUUUGGGCUUUUGGCAGCUAAAUGAUUUGUUGCUAUCGGAAAUAAAAGGAAUCAUUGCCAUGCCAUAUGAUUCUACUGUCGGGACUUGCAGUGGUUGUCUGAAGAUUAGCCAUUUAGGGAUCCAAGCCCACUGAUCAUUGAAAAUGCUUCAUGGUUGGUUUUCUUCUCAACUUGGUGGGAAAGUCUUCAGUCACGUUUUUGUUUUUAUGGCCAUGAAAUAAAUCAUUUGGAAAAGUAGAUUACAUUACAGAGAUUCACAGCUAUAUGAAAAUGGAAAGUUAAGAUUCAUAUGAAUGCUUCAUAUAUUUCCUGUUUCUGAAGAUAAACAUAUAUUGAAAA